AUGAGUGAUCAGCGAGAAGGUAUUUGCUCGAAUGAAAUUCAUGACAAAUAUAGUACUGUUGUUGGGAAUGAAGCUGAUUGCUAUGAUGAAUUAUCACAAGAAAUGGGGGAAUCACCRGGKGGCACRAAGAUAUGGGUACCAAACGUUGAUAGCAAUAUGUGUCCAAAGGUUGGUGACUUAUUUUCAUCAAUUGAGGCCGUAGAAAAUAUGUAUAGGAAAUAUGGUGAUGUUGCUGGGUUUGAUAUCCGGUUGGGAAGCAAAAAAUUAAAUGCGUUGGGUGAAGUGCAAACCCAUUAUUUCAUUUGGAGCAAGGAGGCUAAUCCACCGAAAAAGGAAUUUGAUUCGUUAGAAGUUUCACCGGGAGAGAGGAAAAGGCGUAAUAYAAAUUUCAAACGUACCGGUUGUAAAGCUUGCCUUAAGGUUCACUAUGUGAAAGCGAGUGGACGGUACGAGGUCUAUCAUUUCAUAGAGGGGCAUAAUCAUAUGCUUUGUCAUUCGGAUGAGAAGAUGUUCACCCGUUCAAGACGWAAACUUGAUUACAAGGAACGAAGGAAUGUUUAUCACGCAUCCAGUUCUAAAGUUGGUAUCACUCAGUCGCGCAGAAUGCAAUUGGCAAUGAACGGGGGUUUAGUAGCAUCUGGGGGGACAACUAGGGAUCAUAUGAACUUUAGAAGAGACAUUAUGCUCUUCGUUGGUGACAAAGAUGCACAAAUGUUAAUAAACAAGAUGAGCAAACGGCGGGAACAUUGUUCUGAAUAUUUUUUUGAAUAUAAGUGUGAUGAGAGGGAAUUGAUUGCAAUAUUUUGGGCAGAUAAAACAUCGAGAAUGAAUUACAAACAUUUUGGAGACACGAUAUCAUUCGAYGCCACAUUUCGGACAAACAAGUAA